AUGUUAUUUAAAAUUGAUUGCAUAAAUAUAAAACAAAGUAAAAAGCUAACUUUGACAAACGAAGCACAAUAUCCUAUUUUGAUUAGAAUUAUAGAAAAUAAUUCUUACAAUGCUAUUCCUUCGUUUUCAUUAUUGAAAUCAAAAGAGAAAAAGAAUUUUUAGAUACUGCAUAAAUUGAAUUCUAAACCUGAAAGCCUUAUGAUAAUUGAAGCCAUAGAAUUUGAUGAAACCAAACUUGAUACUUUCGUAAUUUGAUUAUAUUCUAAUUGUAAGUCUGUUCCACCGUUCUGGAACGAAAGAAUUAAAGGUUCCUUAGAGACAUAAUCUCAAACUCUGGAAUUCCAUCCAAAUACCUCCGAGUCUAAUUCUUUAGUUUCCUAUGGCAGGUCUCCAACUAUGAAUCAAAUCUUUUAAGAUUAAAAUCAGGUCUAAAAUAAUACAAAUGAAAACUCAAUUAAAAUUAAUACCCAGUAGCUUUAAUAAAAUAGCAUUAAUUAAGAUAAUUAAAGUGUUAAAUUCAAUUCUAAUUAAAGAAUCAAUUCUUAACAAUCUAUAUAAGUUAUAGGUUCUACCAAAAUUGCAGAUGAAAACAAAUUUCAGUAAUCCUAUUAAUAAGAUAGAAAACAAUCUAUUACUAGUUUUGAAUCUUAUGGAUAUAUUUCUACCAAUCAAACAUAAUAAUAAACUCUUAAAAUGCCAAAAGAUAUGAAUAAUUUCUUAGAUUAAAUUGAUUCUUAAAAUAGUCCAUUUUAACUUCAAACUCCCUCUUAAUUAUAGUCAUAAACUCAUUCACAAAAUAACAUUCCUGAUAAUGCUCAAUAAGACUUAAGCAUCAGUGAAACUACUUCUAUUUAAAGACUUGAUAAUAGAAAAUUAUCUUUCCUACAAUAGAGCAGAUAAUAAUUUAAUGAAAAACCUAAGUUAAGAGUUUCAUAAACUUUUAUCAAUUAUCCAAAAUCUUCUAUUCAAUUUCAAUCAAAUUUAAGUAAAAAUAAAGAACUUGAGGUUUAGUUAUUAAAAUAAAUUGUAAAUAUCUUAUUAUUAUUUAGUCUGAAUUAGAACAAAAUAAAGAAGCAUUGUAAUAAGAACUGAAAAAAUUAGAGUUUAAAUUUAUGUUUAAUUCUAAACAAACAAAUUCUUUUAACCAAAAACACUUCUUUAUAUGGCAUAUACUUUUAAUAAGUGUUUUAUGUCUUAUAAUAGGAAGUUUUAUGAAAAAAAUUAUCCCAUAAUUUUGA